CAAGAUGCUUAGCUGUUCGAUUGCAUCCAGAGAGCCCAACACUUACCAGAUUCUUUUACAAUGGCAUCCUACAACCCCAAUCCUCCCCCCUCCACGGCCAGCGCAACAUCCUCCUUCCUCACGAUCCCCCACGACAUCCCCUCCAACCCGAUUCUUCUCACAGCCCAGGACAUCCUGACUGUCCUCUUCCUUUCUCCUCUGCUUCCAAACAUGAUAUAUCCACUGCACCCUCUCGCCUCACCCCUCGACGAACUCUACCCUACUUACCGCAAUCUGCGCGAUCUGUGUCUCCAAAUCAUCCUUCUCUCUAGCCAGAUAUCCCUUCUCCUCUCGUUUCCCUUCGCCUUUAUCACUCUUUGGGCCAUUCCUUGCCUGGUGCACGCCGUUUUCUACAUCUCUUUUGGCAUCGUAACCAGUCUCAUAACGUGGAUACUGAAUGAACGACCGAAAUGGCAAGGAAAUAGGCACGACUCCCUUAUUGGACGCCCAGAGGGCAGAGAGGCUGUGAACGAUACCGGAAUUAGCAAAGAAGGAGAGGUGUGGUUUUUCAUAAACGGAAUAGCAACGGGAACACACUGGCACAAAUCAAACCUAAUAAUGCUGGCAAACAUCUUCGGCCGUGAAAUAAUCGGCAUCCAAAACUCCACAAAAGGCCUCCUCCUCGACAUAGCUGAGUGUCUCAUUCAGCGGGACCUCAACUACACCACACAUGCCACACGAGUCGGCCGCGCGCAGUUACACUCUGCCUUAUCAAGUGAGCAUACGAAGAAGGUAGUCCUGAUUGCCCACUCGCAGGGGGGCAUUAUCGCCUCUGCUAUACUCGAUUGGUUGCAUGCUGAACUUGGGGAUGAGGAGCUAAGAAAACUAGAGGUUUAUACGUUUGCAAGUGCCGGCAGGGUGUUGAGGAAUCCAUCACGAACGAAGAAUGGGAGUAAGAAGGAGGGAAAGAAAGGUAGGGCUCUGGGGUCAAGCAAUUCGUCUGGGUCUUCACACAUGACGACGAACUACAUUCACAACCAGCAUAGCCACCAGAAUCCCCCCUUCAAUCACUUCCAUGGGCCGGUCUUCAUCCGUGAGGGUUCGGGACACUUGUUGAACAUGCAUUAUCUAGACACGAUGUUUAGCGAAGAAUCCGGGUUCAUGGAUAAGUUGAUUGAUUUGCCAAUGGAUGGAGGGAUAGUGCAGAGGCCGUUGGGGGAUUUGUCGCGGUUAUGGAAAUAUAGAGGGGGAGGUAGUCCGGAUGAUGGGGAGUAUGGUCAUGGCGACGGGGAUAAGAAUAAGGUGGAUUUUAAGGGACCUGAGGGACGAGGCAAGGAUGUAUUUCGAGUCACCACCAAUUGGUACAAGAUAACGCCGGCUAAACAACUCGCCAAAUACACAUCUUAG